AUGGGAAUCAUCAAAAAGACCUUCUACACCACCGUCCUCACGGGCACUGCCUUGGUGGGUUACGUCGCCGGCUCCACCUCCAUCAUCCGCCCGCUGCCCCGCGACGACCCCAUCUGGAAAUCCAACCCCUUCAACCGCUACAACGUGCACAACAACCCCUCCACCCAAGAUGUCUGCAUCAAGCGCGUGCCAUUAUCCAAGAUCCGACCAGAACUGCUGGAGAAGGACGGCGACCUAGCCCUCGAGUUCUGCCGCGGCGUCUGGGCCGGCUGGGGCUACCGAUCCCAGCGCCGCAUCCUCGCAAACAAGUACCAGGCCGAGACCCCGGACCACCUCUGGUCCCCGCGCGACCUGGCCACCUCCAACUACGAGCCCGGCACGCGCAUAACGGACCACUUCGAGGUCGUCGAGAGGACGCCCUCGGCCAUCACCGUGCGCGGCGACAGCCCCGUGCGCAACGCGGGCCCGCGCGAGAGCGACGGCCUGUUCGUCAUGUACGCCGAGGUCGACAAGGAGAGGGGCGAGGUCGAGCUGGGCCUCAAGAGCUGCUUCUUCGACUCCAAGAACAAGCAAGACGGCAUCCUCGGGCCCAUGCCCAAGUACAUGGAGACGGCGCACCAGUGGUACUCGAGGCUGUGGAUGGUUAGUGCCAGCCGGUGGGUGACCAAGGGCAUCUUCUGA